AUGGGGAAAACUGCUGUUUCAUCUUCAAUUCAACAAUCUAAUCAUCAACAACAACAACAACAACAACAACAGGAACUGUGCGCACAACUUCAACAAUUGCAACACCAACAACAUCAACAAGAACAACUGAAUCGUUUACAUCAAGUAGACCAACCUUAUCAAUCAAUACAAUUCGCACGGUUAACAAGACCACCAAGGAUAAAAUCGCCUAAAAUUAAAGAUAGUACUUUGUCGACUUUAACUCAAAGUGCGAAUGAUGACCAAAAAUUUCUAUUUAGCAAUUUAAACAAUAAUAAUAAUAACAACAGUACUAAUACCUAUAACAACCCUCAAAACACCACUUAUACUUUAACUUCCGCAAAAGAAACUAAUUACCCUCAUCAACCGAGUUUUAGUGGACCCAGUUUAAAUAAUAAUUUCGCGUAUUUGAAUCCUACAAAUAAUCGCAAUUCUAUAUUUACCAAUCUGUUCUUCCAACAACAACAACAACCACAGUCACAACAGACACAAGUAAGAAAUAACAAUAUAUCACCACGGGAUUUGAAUAAUAAGAACAACACAAUGAUGCAUUAUCAGCAACAACAACAUCCACAACAACCGCAGCAACUGCAACAAUCUCAACAACAAACCCAACAGCAAUCACAACAACAAACACAGCAACCACAUUCUUUGCAACAGACUUUCAAUCCAAUAUCGGCAACAAGUCAACAAUAUCAACAGUAUCAACAACCUAGUCAAUUAUUUAAUCCACAACAGUCUGUUCAACAAUACUUGCAACAACCGAUAAGACCUCGCGGAGAUUCAAUUGUGUUGCCACCACCCAUUAGACUGCUGGGCGAACAUUUAUAUGAAAAUGGUACCAAUGGCAACCAAAUUCCUUCAACAUCAAGAUCAAAUAGUAUUUUCAGCUCAUUAAUUAACCUCCCUGGAUCAAGUGGGAAUUCAAUAAGUGAACCAUCGGUUUCAAAUCCUGGUUCUGCAUCCGGCAAAAACGAUAUUGCUUUCAAUACAACCAAUGGGAAUAAAAAUAAUAACAACACUACUACUAAUAAUAAUAAUAAUAACGGUGCACCAUUAUUACCACCAACUACACGUUCUCGUCAAAUGUCACUUGGUCAAUCACAAGAUUUCACUAUGGAAGAUUUAGAAAAUUUCUUAAAUAAAGAAAGUAUGAGCAAUAUUUUUAAUUGGCUGAAUGAUCCCAAAUUGUCCAUUAGUGGUGGAGUAGGAGGAAACAUUAGUGGGAAUGGAAUAAAAUCUAAAGGUAAUUCAAUUGAUUUUACAAAUUGGAAUGAGGGAAAUAACAAUACUGGCUAUAAUAAUAGUAUCACGGAAUUACUUCAGAAUAUGAUAUCGAAUGGAUCGAUUGAUUUUAAUUCGUUUUCUAAUAUGAGUAAUCAACAAAGAAGAGAUUCUAUUUUGAAAAUUAUAAACGAUCAAAAUUCAUUGAGGAGUCAAAGAAGUUCAUCAGAUCAAUCAAGAAAUACUAAUGCUAGUUUACGAGAAGAUAUAUUUGACAGAAGGAAUCCAUCACAAUCACAACAACAACCACAAUCACUUGAAAAAACUCCACAACAAUCUGCAUCUUCAUUAUCGAAACAAAAACUGUCGCCAAGACAAAGAAAAUCUCCUCAACAACAGCAACAGCAACAAAGACAACAAUUAUCUAAUUUACAACAAAAUCAAAGAGGACAAGUAAAUACGUUGGGAGUUCCUGGAGACAAAGAUAAUGUUUCGCCUACAUCAUCAUCUCAUACUUCACCAAAGUUUCAAGAGGAUCCACAAUCACCAAAGGCAUCACCUGUUGCAUAUGGAAAUAUACAUGUGAAUGAACCAUUUGCUUCUGGUGGAUACCAACAAGUUUCUCAAAUGCAACAACAACAACAACAACGUCAACAUCAACAACAGCAGAAUAGACAGCAACAACAACAACAACCACAACAGCCACAAAGAUUAUUUCAAAAUUAUUCAGUGUCGCCACAAAACCAAUACCAAUAUUCUGCUUAUCCUAAUUAUAAUCAAUUAGGGUAUUCCAAUGUUCAACAGUCACUUGCAAAUGCUCGAAAUAAUAGUUUUAGUAACUAUAUUUAUCCAGUCCAGACCCAACAACAGCAACAGCAACAGCAACAACAACAAUUUUAUCCACCACCAUCACAACAGCAACAACAAUAUAUACCACCAGCAGCAACUACCACCAAACUACCAGGUUAUAUGCCUCAACAACAACAACCACCACCACCAUCACAGCAACAACUGUUAAAAUCUACAGAUCAAAAGAAAAGGAAACCAUCGGUUAAGCGAACAAGAAGGACGAAAAAAGAUCAAAAUUCAAAUUCAACUCCGACAACAAAUAUGAUGACGACACAAAAUUUGAGUUCACCAGAAAGUCGAAAUUUAGUUCCUGCUCAACAAUUUGCUCAAUCAGAAGAUGGACGUCCAUUAUUAGGAGCAACAAAGAUUGAUCAAUUGAUGUUAGUGAUUCAAGCUAGAGAUAAAGGAAUAACCAAUCCUAUUGAACAAGGACCUGAUGGAAGUAUUUUAGCUUCACCAGAUAAUUUUUCAUUAGGUAGAAGUAAAGCCGAAUUAGAUAGUGGUAUAUUGCCACGACCGGUUAGUCUUGUUGGAGGAGUUGAUAAACCACAUAAACGAGAUGAAGAUGAAAUUGAAGAUAGUGAUGAUAAUGGUGAUGGGACUAAUCAAAACCAACAUCAUCAACAUCAACAUAAAAGACGGAAACAUAAGAAUCAACAAUGUCCUUAUUGUUUUAAAUUUUUCACUCAAUCGACCCAUUUGGAAGUUCAUAUAAGAUCUCAUAUUGGAUAUAAACCAUUUGAAUGUACUUAUUGUCAUAAGAAAUUCACUCAAGGAGGUAAUUUACGUACUCAUUUACGAUUACAUACUGGAGAGAAACCAUUUACUUGUGAAAUAUGUAAACGAUCAUUCAAUAGAAAAGGUAAUCUUGCUGCUCAUAAAUUAACUCAUGAUAAUUUGAAACCAUUUGAAUGUAAAUUAGAUAAUUGUGAUAAAUCAUUUACUCAAUUGGGGAAUUUAAAAUCUCAUCAAAAUCGUUUCCAUUUAGAUAAAUUGAAUGAAUUAACUCAUAGAUUAGCUGAAUUGAGUGGACCAGCUUUAAAUAAUUUACCAAAUGAAGAAAAAGAAUUAUUAUUAUAUUUUAAAGAUUUAUAUAAAAAUUCAAAUAAAGGAAUAAGAGGUAGAGGUAAAGCUCAUAAAGAAGAUAAUCAAGGCAAUUCAAAUGGGAAACAAUCAGGUACUAUGGGACAAAUUUCUGGUUCAAGUUUAUAA